CUUUUGUUGCCACUGAUGUGCCACGCCGGGUGGGUCGUCGCGUUGAAUUCAGCUGGUCUCGCUUUGAUUUCGAAUCUGUUCAUCGACCACGCGAAUCACGCAUCUCGCUGACUGAUCAUGACGACCAGCAUCACAGAUGCCAGGUUCACCUCCCUCCAUUUCACCCCCGGCCACCUACUGUCCCUCUCGAUAGACGAUGAACCAGAAACAGGAUGGUCCGUCAUGCCUGGAUAUGACCAGACUCUUCCUAUCCCUUAUCACUUGGAGCCUCCGCGUUUAGAUGCAGAUGAAACCCUGCCUAGUCAAUUACAUCCCUCUUAUCCAUUUGGUCGUCCGCCAACGGUCGGUAAACCACUGCGACCUUGGAUGUCUGGACCUGGGAAUCUGCUUGGGACGAUAGGGGAGAUGGACGGCAGUUCUGGCCUAGGGAGAGCAGGUAUGAUAGGAUCAUUUGGGAGGGGAGAUGCGUGGGACGAGUUGGCGAUGCGCGGCAUCAUAGAGGUUGAACAGAGGAAAGAGGUUCCUCCCGGCAUGGCGGGCGCGAAGAGACCUCCAUCACCACCAUCACCCUCCUUGCAUCCUUCACUGGUUCCCGGUCCUAGAUCAUUCCACCUCCGUAAUCAUCUCGCUCGUCAGCGACAGGCAUCUCCUUCUGCACCAGUUGAUCCGUUUGACGCCCCUGUCCCGAAUGAGACCUUUGUGGGGGAAGAACAGGAUCCUCCAGCCCCAGAGGAAGGACAAGCCAUUCCUCAAGGCGGAGCAGCUGGGAAUGUCGGUGGGACAGCUACUCAGGCUCAGGGAGCCACUCAACGGGAAGGUACACAGAAUCGACCGGAGAGGGGUCAGACACAGAGAAGUCAAACGACAGGCGAGGAUGAUGGGUAGCUUUGGGCAGCGAAUGCCUUCACGACCGGAUGACAUAUUACGCCCUUGCAUGAUGACCAUUCUACU